AUGAUGAUGCAGGUAACAGUACUCCUAGCUCUGCUGCUUCUUGUGGCCUCCGGGCACUCUGACUCCAAGUAUUACCUGCCCAUUGACUGUGAUGACAUCCACCGCCAUGACAACACCAGCUCCAGUGGGGUGUACCCCAUCUACCCAGGAGGUCCCACCAAGCCCCUGCAUGUCUACUGUGACAUGGACACUGACGGAGGCAGAUGGACUGUCUUUCAGAGGAGGAUCGAUGGGACUGAAAACUUCUACAGGCCCUGGAGCCACUAUAAAAUUGGAUUUGGGAAUGUGGCUGGAGAAUAUUGGCUUGGCCUGGAAAACAUCUUCCUGCUGUCAAUGAGGAAGGAAAAUGAGCUCCGGGUUGACAUGGAGGACUGGGAGGGAGGGAAGGCGUCUGCCCAAUACACCUCCUUCUCAAUUGAUUCUGAGAACGCUGGAUAUCAGCUUCACCUGGGAAGUUUCACUGAAGGAGCGGCAGGGGACAGUUUGACAAAUAACAACAACAUGAAGUUCACCACGUUUGACAAAGACCAGGACCAGUGGGAUAAAAACUGUGCUCAGCAUUAUCUAGGUGCAUUCUGGUACAAUGCCUGCCACAUGGCCAACCCCAACGGCAUGUACGCACCUCAUGGUGCCAUUGGAUUUGAAAACGUCCACGUCAUUUGGCAUACGUGGAAGGGCUGGAACUACUCCCUCAAGACUGUUGCCAUGAAGAUCAGAUCAGUCGCGACGUGCACAUGCAAACAUUAACCUGAUUAGCUGCAGUUUUUUUAUACAAUUGUUUACACACGAUUUCUGAAUCUUUGGCAAUUUUUGUUUAAAACUCUGAACA